GCUGCGUCGGAGGCCUCCGCACCAUGUUCAUACACCACCACCACUACACCAUCCUCGUUCCCGCUCCCAACACGCUCGCUCGCCCCGACGCCGCCGUCUGCAUCUACCUCAAUUUGCGUGCACGGCCAUGGGAGCAGGAGAUACAGGAUGCCCGGCACUGGUUCUCCAUGGCUCCUGGCGAGCCCAUCGACAGCCACGAUCCCUAAAUGGUUGUCGUAAUCGUCCAUGUUUUUGCUCAAGCCGUGGCGUCGUCCUUUUCUCGAACCUUUCGUGGGCUCUGUCGGUCGACUCGUCUAUUGUUCCUCUCAAACUAAUGAUCGACUCGUCUCAUCUAAAUAAGCGAGUAUUCCACGUGGAUUAGAAAGUUAAUCGCACGUAAUUCUCCUCCUCAUCACCCUCUCAAACACGCUGGUCACCACUUCGGUGUGCACAAAGCCUUCACCAUGGUCCACUCUUUGCUUUAUACACGGCCAUCUCAUGUCUCACAGGACGCAUUGUCCCGUCUGUCCAGCCAAGACUCUUGCGAUGAGUCCGUCAAGUCGAACAUCGGCUGUUCUCGAGGUGUCCCCGAUGCGUUGUCCUUUGAUCGAAUCGUUUCCGGAGGCACUUGUCCACCAGUCACAGUGCGGGAUAUGUUGAACUACAUGAAAUACAUCGAGCACUCGGAGGAAAACCUUCAGUUCUAUCUCUGGUUCAAAUCCUAUGAAACUCGCUUCGACCAACUAAGCAGUAGCGAAAAAGUCUUGGUUCCAGAGUGGACGCGAUCUCAAUUGGAUGCCGAUGCCCACGCUGCUCGGAAGUCCAAAGCGUCUAAUCCCAUUGCGACGUUCGUCAAGGAUGCAUUCGACGCAGAGACCCCACCGACAGUGUCUGUCCAGCGUUUCGACCCAUUCAAUACACCACCGAAGCCGAGUUCAUUCACGGAUGAGGCCAAAGAAGUCGACUCGGACUCUAACACUUCUUUGUCAACCGACGCACGGAGCGAUGUGAAGCUGAACGCGAAACAAGCGUUCGACGAUGCUGAAAUGCAUUGGCAGCCAUUCUCUACGCAACCAUUCCGAGACGAGAUUACGAGAAUAAUCGGCACGUAUCUUGCUGAGGGCAGCCCCAGAGAACUGAACAUCUCUUCACGAGAGCGACGAGCGGCAAUGCACGCCUUACAGCACACAACGCACCCAUCUGCGCUGAAACAGAUUGCAUCGACUGUUGAAUACUCGCUCCGGAAGCAAGCACACCCCAACUUCAUUCGGUGGACAAUCGGUAACGCUAACCGACCGCGAGUUCUCUUCGCACGCGGUCUAGGCAUCGCCCUCAUCACCUUGGCCCUCAUCGCAAAUAUCAUUCUCACCCUUAGCAGCGCUCCUCGAGCAUGGCGAGUCUUGCCUCUCGUCGGCUGGCUUCUCGGGAUUUCGACUCUUGUCGCUGCUAUCAAGGGCAUGUGUGUCGUGUUGCACGGCCUCCACCAUCGAAAUCUCCGGCCGUGGGAAUUGUUCUCUGACGACGAUGAGUCGUGUGCAGACGAAGACUUUAUCACGCCCAAAUGCGUCCUCUCGGGUAGCAGGGAGUCAAGCGAAUCAGCACCAUGGAUCGCGCAAUACGAGAAACGUAACAUCAUCCGCAAGAUUUUCGAUCGUCAGACCUGGAUCCAGGAGCCUGCACUCCGUCAGAUCCAAGACACCAUCUUCCUUCAAUCCAUCCUUGGUGGUCUCGCAAUCGGGGGCGUCGCCGUUGGCAUCUUUUGUGCGCUUCCGUCGGGCAACUUUUUCUAGAGAUGCAUCGCGCUACAUUGAACACAAGUCGACCACGCCGCUAGGUCUGGGUUGACGGCUAUUCAGAUUGACGAAUUCUGACGACCGUUCCAUGUCAAUACGUUCUUUGUUCGAUUUGUACAGUUAUACGAACGAAACGAAUUUCUUUUAGGAUCGAUUCUUGGGCACAUGAGGAGGCAGCAUUUUUUGAAUAUUCGAUUGGGAAAACGUCCACGCAUGGACACAUUUUUUGUUUUGUUGUGAUUCGGGCGUAUGGCCGUGGAACCUACAUUCAGGGCGAUCGCCAUUUACGACUCAAAGGUUUCGGUGGUUUUGUUUUGCGAUCAUAUUUUAUUACUACUUUUACCUGCUAUGCAAAAUGGUUUUCAUCGUCAA